AAAGGGAUUCGCGCGCAAUAUCUUUCCCAAAGUGUUGAAACCGCAGCCUUCUUGGCUCUGCCCACACUUACGAGUCAACUCACAUCAGGCUGUUCCGCAAAUGCCCAUGACUCUAUGUGUUGACAGCGCGGGGUCGUCAUCAUGGACCGGGUCGCAGUGUGAAGUGUAUAAGAGACCUGACUCGCCGCCACAACUCUUCACUAAUAUGUUCAGAUGCAAUCAAAUCACGCGGCAAUCUUCUUAGACACAUGAGCUUGUAACCAUAUCACCCAUCGAGUUGCAAACUGUGCCAACACCGCAAAGUACAUCAACAUGGUCGUACCGACGCGUCCACCGGCCAAUCGCUUUGUCGCCUCAAUGAGAAAGCUUCACAACCCCCUUGGGUUCUCCAAAGGUUACAAUUUUGUCCUUUUCUUCAUCUUCUUUGGUGCCCUCAUGGGGUUUACCCUCGCCCGGUUGCAGUACCUCAGCUUCGACGCGUUUUGCAAAGGCGCAGCUCCCGGAGAAUGCUUCUACUACCGAAAGGGCCAUGAGAAGGCCGGCAUCAUUAUCCACCUUGCCGGGAUCCUCCCCGCUAGCUUCCUGGCAUGCUUCCAGUUCGUGCCGGUGAUCCGCCACAAAGCCAUCUUAUUUCAUCGCCUCAACGGCUACAUCAUUCUCUUGUUGUCUCUCGUAGGUACAGCCGGUGCUUUCAUGAUUGCACGUCAUGCAUUUGGCGGUGGUCUUGACGUUCAAGCUGGCGUCGGGCUCGUGGGGAUUAUGUUUGUGGUGUCUCUCGUGUUGGCAUAUGUCAACAUUAAGAGGCUUCAGAUUGAGCAGCACCGAGCCUGGAUGCUGCGAGCUUGGUUCUACGCCGGUUCCAUCAUUACCCUUCGUCUCAUUCAGUUCCUCGCUGCGACUGUCAUCAGCAGAAUGGGUACCUACUAUGCCGCACGACCAUGUGGACAAGUUGCUUACAUGAUCGAUGACUUAAACCGAACACUCGAAUUGUACCCUGAUUGUUCAGCUUAUUUCUCUGGAGCCAACCCCGAUCAGCAAACGAUUGUCCAUGCGAAUUUGCUCACGGCAGCAUCUGCUGCUGAGGUCGGAGCAGCUAUUAGUCUCCCAUUUGGAAUGGCCUUCUGGCUAGCAGUAUCACUUCACGCCAUUGGUAUUGAGAUAUAUUUGAGACUCACCCCGGCAGAGGCUGAACGACUACGUGAAGUCUCCUAUAAGAGACAAUUAGAAGCCGGCAUGAGCCCCGCAGGAAGAGCCGGACUGACGGCUGACCGCCUUGGUGAUUCCGCGGAAUGGAAGCCCAAGCUUGCGAAGCCCCAAGACAGUUCCGCAUCGUUGGUAUCAAAUUGAUGAGACCCUUAUAUAAAGGUAGAGAUUGUUAGUACCUUUAGCAUAGGCAAAACACUAUAUAAAUAGAAGUACCU